AAAGAGCGAGAGAGAGAGUGUGAGAGGGAGCAUGAGAACUGGAAGUAUGUCUGAACAAAGCAGUGUGUGACUGACCUCGUUCUGGAUUCUCUCUCAGUGAAAAAGCUGAGUGAGGUUUCCUGUUCUACUGGAAGUCGCUUGACAGCGUGGCUUGAGUUGACUUGGCUUUGGGGUGAAGUGCAAGAGAGGUGGGAUGUCUCUGCAGGAGCUGCUGCGUGGAAAUCAGGAGACUCCUCAGUGGAUUGUGACGAGGCUCUCACAGUUUCUGCAAAGCCUGACACUCGCACUGCUGCAGGGGACCAGCUCUAGCCAGUACACACGCAGGAGCUCCUUUAUGGAGAGUAACGAUGAGAUCAUGCAGCAGGAGACGAGUUUACUGUGCGCUGCGGACAUCAGUCCCGACCUCAGGAAAUGCUUUGCCUUCCUGCCAGGAGGUCGAGGGAAGAAUGGCAACCCCAUCAUCAUCUUCCCAGAGUUCCCUACAUUCACAGAGCUGCAGGAGGAGGAGUUCCACAAUGUGCUGACGUACCUGACCAGCGUUCCAAGCCUCAGCUCGUCAGGAGUUGGCUUCAUCCUGAUCAUCGACCGCAGGCAAGACAGAUGGGCAUCGGUGAAGGGAGCACUACUGCGCAUCGCGGGCUCAUUCCCUGGAAACCUGCAGUCGGUAUUGGUGUUACGGCCCACCACCCUGUUACAGCGAACACUCUCAGACUUCUUCUUUAGAUUCAAUAAGGAUGAAUUUAAAAUGAAAGUGCCGGUGAUCAUGCUUAGUUCUGUGACUGAGCUACACAGCUACAUAGACCGCUCCCAGUUGACCCAGGAGUUAGGGGGCACUCAGGAGUAUUGCCAUGAGAAGUGGAUCUCACACCGCACUGCCAUCGAGGGCUUUGCGCUGAUGGUGAAGAAGACGGCUCAGACGCUGCAGGCGUUCGGGACGGAGCUGGCCGAGACGGAGCUGCCUAACGAUGUUGAGGCCACGUCUACCCUGCUGAGCACUCACACUGAAAAGAAGGACAAGAUGAAGGAGGAUCUGAAGGUAGCUCUGGGCCAGGGUGGACGUCUGCUGGACAGCAUUAAUGAGCCGCUGGCGUCAGAUCCUGACUACAACAUGAAGCACGAUGAGCUGGAAAACUUGGCUACUGUGCAGAGGCUCCUGGGGCAGCUGGAUGAGACCGAAACCGCGUUCGAUGACUUCUGGGAAAGGCAUCAGACCAAACUGGAACAGUGUCUUCAGCUGCGCUAUUUUGAACAGAACUUCAGGGAGGUCCGAGCCUAUUUGGAUCAGGUGGCUAAUAAAUUAUCCACUUUCUCAGAGGUUGGAAUAAGCCCCGCCCACGGCGAGCACAUCCUGAAGGACCUGACCAAUCACGAAGAGAGAACCUGUGAGGUGCUGGACCAGGCUCUGGCGCUGGCCGCUGAAGGAGACACACUGAUUGAGAACUCUCACUAUGCAGUUGACUCUAUCUUUCCCAAAUGCUCUGAGCUCAGGGUCGUGUGUGAGGAGGUUGGAGCUGUCCUCAAGGCCAAAAAAGCCCACCUGCUCAAAGCCAUGGAGCUCCAUGCCAGCCUUGAAAAGGCUACCAGAUGGUGUGAUGAUGGAAUAUACCUUCUAGCUUCUCAGCCUGUUGACAAGUGUCAAUCACAGGAUGGGGCAGAGGCAGCACUGCAGGAGAUCGAGUCUUACCUGGAAACAGCCAAUCAACAUAAGCUGACAGACUUAACUGGCAUCUGGAGGGAGUACGAAUCCGUGCUGACGGCAGAUUUCCGAGACCAGGUGGAGCGCGCCUUCCAGAAGCAGCUCUCUAUGGAGGACAUGUUUGAGAAAAGAAGAGUUAGCCUGAAGAAGUUAGCAGCUAAGCAGACACGGCCCGUCCAACCGGUCGCCCCUCGACCCGAAGCCAUCAUCAAAUCCCCCAUGUCCUCUCCCGCACAUAAAGAGAGGAGUUUAUCAUCUGACCUAAUCAACAACAAGAAAGGUGAUACACUCCUGCAGAAUGGCAGAUGUCUCUCAGAAGAGGAGGAGAACCUGGCUGUACUUAGGCGGCAUGUAAUGAACGAGCUGUUGGAGACAGAGAGGGCUUAUGUAGAGGAGUUGCUGUGUGUACUGCAGGGUUACGCUGAUGAGAUGGACAACCCCAGCAUGGCGCACCUCAUCCCCAUCACCCUUCACAACAAGAAGGACGUUCUGUUCGGCAACAUGGCCGAGAUCUACCACUUCCACAACAAAACUUUCCUCCGAGAGCUGGAGGCGUACACAGACUUCCCCGAGCUCGUGGGCCGGUGUUUUUUAGAAAGGAUGACAGACCUACAGAUUUAUGAGAAGUACUGUCAAAAUAAGCCACGCUCCGAGUCGCUAUGGCGACAGUGCUCCGACUGCGCUUUCUUCCAGGAGUGCCAGAAGAAACUUGAGCACAAGCUGGGCUUGGACUCGUACCUGCUGAAACCUGUACAGCGCAUCACAAAAUACCAGCUCCUCCUCAAGGAGUUAUUAAAGUACAGUAAAGGUUGCGAAGGCUCGGAGGACCUCCAGGAGGCGCUCUCGUCCAUCCUCGGCAUCCUCAAAGCCGUCAACGAUUCCAUGCACCUCAUCGCCAUUACAGGAUACGAGGGGAACCUGAAUGAGCUCGGCAGGCUGCUGAUGCAGGGCUCCUUCAGUGUCUGGACCGAGCACAAGAAAGGUCACGCCAAGGUGAAGGACCUGGCACGCUUCAAGCCGAUGCAGCGGCACCUGUUCCUGCAUGAGAAAGCUCUGCUGUUCUGUAAGAGACGCGAGGAGAACGGCGAGGGCUACGAGAAAGCGCCUUCUUAUAGCUUCAAACACUUCAUCAAUAUGAGUGUCGUGGGCAUCACGGAGAAUGUUAAAGGAGACAGCAAGAAAUUUGAGAUCUGGUGCAACUCCCGAGAAGAGGUCUACAUCGUCCAGGCACCAACAGCUGAGAUAAAAAUGGCGUGGGUGAACGAGAUCCGGAAAGUUCUGACCGGUCAGCUGAAAGCCUGCAGGGAAGCGAUUCAACAGAAGACGUCCGAGCAGCUUUCUCCACUUCCCAACUCCAUCAGCCUGAGCCCCUUUAAAACCAGCCAGAAGAGUCAGAAGAAAGGAGAGGAGAAGAAAACUGAGCCGUCGCUUCCUGAGCUCAGCUUAGUGCCUGCAAUGAUGAACUCAGACAAGGUCAAAGACGACGCAGUAACCAGUCCCACCACUGACAGGGCCGCGGUUGCUAAAAAACGUUUCACGCUGCAGGGCUUCAGCAACCUCAAGAGUCAGAAAGGAUAUCCCCCUAGUCCUGACCACAAAACUAAGCGGCAUGAGAUUAAGAGUGAUCCCACGCCAUUUGGCUUCAAGGACGCAGGUCCUCCCAUCUCCCUCAGCCGGGACAAAUGGCUGAGCACUUCUAACCUUGUACAGGCUAAGCGCAGAGGCUUCAGUAAGGCCUCUUUCUCCAUGGACGCCUCGGAGGAGAAUGACGGGUACUCCAGCGCUGAGGACCCCUUAAACUCUGACCCUGAGGACGAGGGGAAGAAACUGUCUCCAGGCAAGUACAAUGUGGUAGCCGACUACGAUAAAGGAACUCAGGAUCUCACAGUAAAGAGUGGAGACAUGGUGCAGCUGGUCCGAGAGGGCGCUGACGGCCAGUGGUUUGUGCGUAACCUGAAUAACAGUAAAGAGGGCUGGCUGCCGGCUGCUAACCUGCUCACUCUGAUCGGAGAGUCAAAGUCUUCGCAGUCUCUCACCAGCUCAGAAGGCAGUGGCUCGGGCAAUCUGAGCACGUCAUCCAGCUGCAGUGAGACAUACACCAGCUUCUCCGACAUCAAACCCUGAGGCCUGAGACUCCAUCCUGCCUCUAUAGCACUGCCUCAUGGCAGCUCCUACACACUGCACUUUCUGCUGAGACACUUCCACCUCCUCCUCCUUCUCCUCCUCCUCCAUGCAUUUCUUUAUCGGCAGUCACGCACACCUUCACUCUCAGCUAUUUUUUCUGCUCGUGUUAUAAGGAGAGACAGAAUAAACUGCACUCCUUCCCAAAAAUAAGCUAUUUAUAUCAUUUAUUAGUGCAAUAGUCUGCGAUUACAAAAGCAACAUACUUUAUCCACUAAACUGAAAGCUGUGACCUUUAGUCUUGUACUCAGAGGCUCAAAAUCGGUUUUGGAAUAUUUUCAGGAACAUUAGUUUUCUACUUUGCCAACAUUGUAGGACUUGAGCAUUACAUGACGUGGAUACAGAUUGUUGGAGUCGUGUCCAGUUUCCUAACUGUGAAUUGUCCUGUCUUAUUUACUGUAUGUAUUAAUCAGAAACAGCUGUAUAUUUUAGAUUAAUUCCUGUAUAAUAUUUGUACAUAUUAUUACAUAUUAUAACUUGACCUUGUUUUUUCCCCAUGAAAUGACAGUAUAUAUAUACAUAUUGUAUAUUAAUGAUUAUGUAUGGUCUCAUCGUAUCUGGAGCUUGUCAUCUGCACUAUUUUGCUAUUUUACGGGCAUUACGUUAUUUUUUAAAAAUUAUUAUUAUUUUAUUUUAUUUUUGUACAAAUUUUUCCCAAACAGUAUCUGAACAUAGGUCACAUUAUUUUAUUGCACAUCUAUAUACCGGUUUUAAGCAAGGCUUAAACAAAAGGCUGGUAAUGAUACAGCAGGUCUUUUAUUUAUACAUUUAUCAUCUUGUCCCAUUUAUUAUUUUAUCUUAUUUCUCUAUAAACUGCACAUAUAUUGUUUUACACCUUGACUUCAGUCUGCUGUAUUUGUCUCGUGGCACAUUGCCCUUGUAUUUCUCUAUUUUCAUAUUUGUAAUAAAGGUAUUUGUCUGCUCUGUAUGUAUAUGUGUAAAGUGUAAAUAUGUAUUUAAGAGUAUGUAUGAAUUAAGAGAGAUUAAGCUUGAAUAAAAUUCAUUGAAACAUUUUGCCUUCA